GCGCCUAUUAGGCGGAACGUGGUAGUAAUGGCGGCGCUGGGUAAGACUUUCCUGUCACUGGAUACUACUACUCCCAGCCCUCCUGCGAGCCGCCUGAGCCACCCUCUGCUCUUUAGUUUACAAGUGUCAAUUUGACUUGUUCUGCUGCAUGUCUGGAGGCGCCCAGGAAAGUGUGGAGAAGCCCCGGGUAUUAAGGCAUCGCAGUUUGCAAGGGAAAAAAGCCAAACACAUAAACAAAACCCACCCACCCUAGCAAACAUGAGGCUGCUGGAGAGAAUGAGGAAAGAAUGGUUCAUGAUCGGAAUCGUGGUGGCCAUCGCCGGAGCCAAGCUGAAGCCGUCCGUAGGAGCUAACGGGGGGCCACUGAAGCCAGAAAUAACUGUAUCCUACAUUGCUGUCGCAACAAUAUUUCUUAACAGUGGACUAUCAUUAAAAACAGAGGAGCUGACCAGUGCUUUGGUGCAUUUAAAACUGCAUCUUUUUAUUCAGAUCUUUACACUUGCAUUCUUCCCAGCAACAAUAUGGCUCUUUCUUCAGCUUUUAUCAAUCACAUCCAUCAAUGAAUGGCUUUUAAAAGGUUUGCAGACAGUAGGUUGCAUGCCUCCCCCUGUGUCUUCUGCAGUGAUUUUAACCAAAGCAGUUGGUGGAAAUGAGGCAGCUGCGAUAUUUAAUUCAGCCUUUGGAAGUUUUUUGGGCAUCAUUAUAACACCUCUCCUAUUGCUGCUUUUUCUUGGCUCAUCCUCUUCUGUGCCUUUUACAUCUAUUUUUUCUCAGCUUUUUAUGACUGUUGUGGUACCUCUCAUUAUUGGACAGAUUGUCCGAAGAUACAUCAAGGAUUGGCUCGAAAGAAAGAAACCUCCUUUUGGUGCUAUCAGCAGCAGCGUGCUCCUUGUGAUCAUCUACACCACGUUCUGUGACACGUUCUCUAACCCACAUUUUGACCUGGAUAAGCUCAGCCUCGUUCUCAUCCUGUUCAUGAUAGUGUCUAUUCAGCUGAGUUUCAUGCUCUUAACCUUCAUCUUCUCAACAAGGAAUAACUCGGGGUUUACACCAGCAGACACAGUGGCUAUCAUUUUCUGUUCUACACACAAAUCCCUCACGUUGGGAAUUCCAAUGCUGAAGAUAGUGUUUGCAGGACAUGAGCAUCUCUCGCUAAUAUCCGUGCCCCUGCUCAUCUACCACCCAGCUCAGAUCCUCCUAGGCAGCGUGCUGGUGCCAACGAUAAAGUCUUGGAUGGUGUCAAGGCAGAAGGGAGUGAAGCUGACAAGGCCAACAGUAUAAUGGAGCGACCCUUUCUGUAACCAUGUGUGUGUGUGUACAUACAAACAGCUCUGAACACUAGUACUUGUGAAUGUUGCUUUGAUGCAUAUUUUUAUUUUUUUAAGGAAAAAUAUGAUAUACCUUGUUUAAGUGCCUUAAAGUUUGUUCAACAAGAGCGUUAUUUCCAAAACAUACUCUGUUGGUUACUGCUAGUGGUGGUACUGUAUUUCAGAGUUAAUUUCUGUUUUCCUAAUGCAGAAAACAGUCCUAAGAAGGACAAAAGCUACCAACCCUUCUCUGCAUCACCUUUUGUGCAGUACGACUGUUUAAUAGUUACUGUAAUGGUUGAAAUGGGGUCACACCAUCAGGAAAAUGCCCUUCUGAUGACAGUGAAGAUUUCCAAAGUUUUCUUCAUGCAUACUUUCACAGUGUGAUUCUUUUUUCCUACAACUGUGACAUGCCUCUUCCUUAUCAACUCAGCAGGGGUCAUGGAUCGAAUAGAUGCUGAAAAGCAUAAGAUAUCUCUACAUUCCUUGACAUCAUUUUUGAGACAUUGCUUCAAAUAGUUUCCACACAGAAAUUCUUCAGUCUCAUCAUAAGAAAUUGUGGUGUCGUAUCUUAAAUUUAUUAUAAGCUGCUUCAAAGAAAGGACCUGGUGUUUGAGUUAUGAGUGAAGUAAGAAUGUGAAGUUUUGAGGUAAAGUAAGGAAUUUGGUUUUCAGAGUUUUUAUUAUAUCUCAAUAUGUUUUUACUCUUUCUUCUGUAAUUUCUUUCUUACCUGCUUCCUACCACACUUGCACACCCAUAACAGCCAAAACAGGCACACAGAACGUUACAAUCAAUUUGAGAGCAGCAACAAUUAAUGAUGGAUUAUAUUCACAUUCCACAACUGAGACCAGAAUUAUUCUUGUUACACAGAUGUGCUGAACACUUUCCAAAGUUCUCCAUUCAGUGAGAAUAGUCUGUUACAUCUAUGAAUUAAAUGCACUUAAGAUAUUUGAGACUAUUUAUUCAUAGAUUUGAGAAAUGUUUGCAACAUUCUUUUAAAAGUUAAAAUCAUAUUGCACUUAGGAAUAAAUGAAAACAUAGGGUCAUGAAUUCAAGAAAAUGUUACAUAGACGCCCUCUAGUUACAUAGACAUAGCCAGAUGGAAAGAAAAACUGGCACACACACACACACACAAAAAUAAGACGAUUCAUUAACUACAACAUCAAAUACAAAUUUGUCUCCAGCUGGACAUCAGCUUUCAAAGAAGUAUCCAAUAUUUGCUCUUACUGUGGACCCAAAUAGAGAAUAAAGCAGUAUGUUAAGGUAAGGGAACAUUUUUUUUGUAUUUUCUGCACACCAUUCUGUUACUUCAUCUCUCGUGUCCUUUCUCAAUGUGACACAAGAUAUGGCAUCCUGGGUAUUGCCAAAGCCACACUAUCCCCAGUGGCUCUUGUUGUUGUUAGGCUGACAAAAAAAAUCAUUCCUUCAAAACUCACUAAGUUUAUCAGUAGUGUAAAUUUAGAAUAUUGUUAGAACUAGGUCUCAUGUUUUGCUAUUUUGGACUCUUUUCUACGUCAUUGAGCCACGUAAAUUUCAUGAGAGUACUAAGGUUAGUGCCAGCACCUGCAGAAAUCUAUUCUAAACAGGCUGUAAUAUACAGUUGUUGCAAAUUACACUGUCUAAAACUCACUAAUUUUGCUUUUUUUUAUGCUUAUCUAUGAAACACAGAAAGGGUUUCAUGUUUUGUUUUUACAAGCUUUCUUGAGUUGUAGAGUAAAUGGAAAUCUCUGUCUGUCCAAGCUGUCAUAAAAAUCUUUUGCCCUUUUUAUUUGAAUACUGAUUUUCUUUUCAACUUAUCUACCUCUCUUGUCUAACACCUAUAGUAGGUGUGAUAUGGGAUAAAUUUCAACUGAAAAUGCUAUGAUAACAUUGUCUUUUGCUUUAAUGUGUUUUCAAAUAAUUUUCUUUAUGUGGUGCAUUUUGGUGGCUUUAGUGAUAUGUUUAUGGCUUUUUAAACACAAAUGUAGCAUAUUUUUCCAUAAAGAACAAGAAAUAAAAUGUAUUUUUAAUU